UGUGAAGAGGCUUCCAAGGCAAGGGGAGUGGGCACAGGGCUUAGGAGGUGGAGGCUGAGGGGUCUGGAGGGCUGAGGAGCCAGAGGGCGUGGAAAAUUACCUAUCAUGGGUAUGUAUAGACCAAAUACCUUGGUCCUAGGUGUGUGGUUAAAAGUAGCCAGGAUGUGGCAGGGGGAGGUUGGGCUGUACCUGGUGACACCCAUUGCAUCUCUGUAGGGGUGGGAUUCUCAGGGAAGCCUCUGGCUGGUGGCACUACCCCUCUCCACACCUGGGUUCGUGUGAGCUCUCUUUGGGGUGGCUUUCCUGGGAGUCGCCAAUGACCUUGAGCCCUGGGGUCUGAGCCACCUCUCCCUGAACCGGCCUCAGGCUCAGAUGGCAGCAGAGGCAGAAGCGGCAGUGCUGGGGCAGCGUCGGACAGCAGUGGAAACGACGCUUCGGGAGACCCAGGAGGAAAAUGAUGAAUUCCGACGGCGCAUCCUGGGUCUGGAGCAGCAGCUGAAGGAGGCACGAGGCUUGGCGGAGGGUGGGGAAGUGGCGGAGGCUCGGCUUCGGGACAAGGUGCAGCGGUUAGAGGCAGAGAAACAGCGGCUAGAGGAGGCCCUGAACACAGCUCAGGAAGAGGAGGGGAGCCUGGCAGCAGCCAAGCGGGCACUGGAGGCACGGCUGGAAGAGGCCCAGCGGGGGCUGGCCCGCCUGGGACAGGAGCAGCAGGCUCUGAACCGGGCCCUGGAGGAGGAGGGGAAGCAGCGGGAGGCACUCCGGCGCAGCAAGGCUGAGCUGCAGGAGCAGAAGCGCUUGCUGGACAGGACUGUGGACCGGCUGAACCAGGAGCUGGAGCAGAUUGGGCAUGACUCUAAGCAAGCCCUGCAGCAGCUCCAGGCCCAGCUGGAGGAUUACAAGGAAAAGGCCCGGCGGGAGGUGGCAGAUGCCCAGCGCCAGGCCAAGGAGUGGGCCAGUGAGGCUGAGAAGACCGCUGGAGGGCUAAGCCGGCUUCAGGAUGAGACUCAGAGGCUGCGGCAGGGCCUGCAGGCAUCCCAGGCUGAGCGGGACUCUGCCCGGCUGGACAAAGAGCUGCUGGUCCAGCGACUGCAGGGGCUGGAGCAAGAGGCAGAGAACAAAAAACGCUCCCAGGAUGACAGGAGCCGUCAGCUUAAGGGCCUUGAGGAAAAAGUAUCACGGCUGGAGGUGGAGUUAGAUGAGGAGAGGAGCACUGUGGAGCUGCUGACGGAACGAAUGAAUCGUGGUCGGGACCAGGUGGACCAGCUGAGAACAGAGCUCAUGCAGGAGAGGUCUGCUCGGCAGGACCUGGAGUGUGACAAAAUCUCCUUGGAGAGACAGAACAAGGACUUGAAGAGCCGGCUGGCCAGCUCAGAAGGCUUCCAGAAGCCCAGCGCUAGCCUCUCUCAGCUUGAGUCCCAGAAUCGGGAGUUGCAGGAGCGGCUGCAGGCUGAAGAGAGGGAGAAGACAGUUCUGCAGUCCACCAACCGAAAACUGGAGCGGAGAGUUAAAGAGCUGUCCAUCCAGAUUGAUGAUGAACGACAGCAUGUGAAUGACCAGAAAGACCAGCUAAGCCUGAGGGUGAAGGCUUUGAAGCGGCAGGUGGAUGAAGCCGAAGAGGAAAUUGAGCGACUGGAUGGCCUGAGGAAGAAGGCCCAGCGUGAGCUGGAGGAACAGCAUGAGGUCAAUGAACAGCUCCAGGCCCGGAUCAAAGUCCUGGAGAAGGACUCCUGGCGCAAAGCUUCCCGCUCAGCUGCUGAGUCAACUCUCCAACAUGAAGGGCUGAGCUCAGAUGAGGAAUUUGACAGUGUCUACGAUCCUUCCUCCAUCGCCUCACUGCUUACGGAGAGCAACCUGCAGACUAGCUCCUGUUAGCUCGUGGUCCACAAGGGCCCAUGAACCACACCUGAGGCCUAUCUUGGCCAGUCCUGCUCUGCUCUGCCCAGCCUCAGAUUCCUCAUCCCUGUGGGGGACCCAGUCAUUCAGACCUAAGACAGGGAGGGGUGUGAGUGAAGGCAAUAAAAAAGGCAUCAGCGCUAAGCCGGUAGACACACUUUCCCUUUCCUCUGGAGGAGUGGGCAUUUUAGGCCAACUGAGCCCCCUCCUUAAGUGCCGACCCCCUCCUCUGCUCCCUCACAGCAGUAGGUUGGUCAGCAUAUAGGCUGAGGGGGAUUGAGCAGGAUAGGAAGGGAUAGAAAUUGCCAUGUAUAUAAAGCUUUAUUUCUUUAGCCCUUAACCCCAGGCUCAGGGAAAUACCCUAUGUGAUUCUGCCCCCUUGACUCUUGCAACUCAUUUCCUUCCCAUUCUGGAGCAGGGUAAGGGGAACAUUAUGGGUAAUGGACAUGCUGGCGUGGCUCUACCCACUUCUCAAAGGCUCUUCUUUGCACAGUCAUGGGGCCCAUGUGGUAGUCCCCACCUGU